UUCCUGCGGCCCUGAAAAACCCCAAGCGGUGGUCACGUGGCGUGUCCAAGCAGCGCGUGUCCUUAGAAACCACACACCGGCUCCAACUUGGACAGCUGUUACCACCUGCUAGUGUCUGCGGCUCAAACAAACCACAACAAACUAACAUCUCUACCGGUCAUAUCGCUUCAUAGAGAGGGUUUCUUUUUCCCAGGUGGUCAGUCGCUCAGGAUGUCAGCUGGGGAAACGGACAAAACGACCGGCUAUGCUAGUCCGGAUGACGAGGACUGGCUUUACGGAGACAACAACGACGAUGUGGAGGACGAUGACGCUGGUGAUGACGACGAUAAGAAGACUGAGACUGAAAUUUUCAGUGCUUUGGUUGGAGAUGUGGAAGGUGUUAAUGGAGCGGAUAAUCAGGACGUCGACUCGGACAGUGACGACAACUUGCACGUUACCAUCAGCAGCCUCCAAACAGAUAAGAUCCAGAGCAUUAGUACUCCUGUCCACCUCAAGACCUCAAGCAUCACCACUGGGUCAGGCACCAAGAUCAGAGGAGUGACUCUGGUUGCAUUGGACAGCAAUACUGGUACUCCAGCACUGGAGGUGGAUGAAGAGCUGGAGGAGAAGCCUUGGAGAAAACCUGGUGCGGACCUGUCAGACUAUUUCAACUACGGCUUCAACGAUGAUACCUGGAAGUCAUAUUGUGACAAACAGAGGAAACUGCGCAUGAGCUCCGAGUUCCUGACCUUAGGCUCAUCCGACAAAAACACGGGUAGUCAUGAUGUGCUCCUCUCUAAAUCAGAUUGCUCCUCCAGGAAGUUGAAAAGCACCAUCGAUGUAAUCGGAGGGCAAAAAGAGACCAUCAUUCGUUUGGAAGGGCAAAGAAAUCACAGCACAGAUGGAAGCAUCACGCAGGUGCAGUCCUCUUCUGAACAGCCCGUGCACGCUGAGCCACCAUCCACUAAGCUGCCUCCUUUCUUUCCCCCCAUCAUUCCUCCUCCACCUUUUCCUCUUCUCUCCAUCAGUAGCACUCCUCCUUUUAUACCACAGCCACUACGACCGUCUAUGAGCGUGCCUCCACCUGGUUUUCCACUCCCCCCUGAAGUUCCUUCUCCUCCUUUUACAUCAGGCAGUGGCCGGUCAGGAGGAAGCUACGAUGGCCGCUGUGCCCCGCUCUACCCCUUUCCUGCAGGUGUGUAUCCACACACUCCGCGGCACAUGACCCCCUGGCUGGGCUUGAGUGACCAUGCCGAAGCGUGGAAGUAUUCCAGCUGCCAGGACAAGGACAGAGAGAGGACCCGGGAACGAGAGCGAGACCGAGAGGCCAAGAAAGAGCAGGAGAGAGAGCGCGAUCAGGAGAACACGCCCUCGGUUCAGAGCCGCAGCAGUGACAGAGAGCAUGCAUCACGUCAUAGGGACCACAGUGAACGAGAGAGAGUGAGACAUCGGGAACAUGAUAGAGAAGGAAGAGAAAGAGAAGACCGGCAUCGUGACAGGAGACACAGGGAGCGCUACGAGAGACACAAAUCCUCACACAGCAGCAGUCGGAGAAGGCAUUCCAGCGGUGAUGGAGAGAGCCACAGGAGACACAGAUAUAAACGCUCCAAACGUAACAAGGACAGCAGCGACACCGCGUCCACUGAUUGAGCGUCCACCUGACCGUGACACGAUCGUACGUCUUAACCAAUUAUCUUAAAUGAUUCCCUCUUAAAGCCAGUGAGCGGUCUGUGUCUAGAGACCGCUGGCAUUCUACCUUUUAUUUGCUCCAUGUUAAGGCCAGGCUCACCAGGAGCUGAUUUCUUUUCAUUUUAAGCUGAUUUAUUUAUUCACUAAUUUAUUAUCCAGGUUAUGAUGAGACCAAAGACUAUGAACAAGAUAUUUUUUUUAAAUUUAAUCUAAUUUAUUCUAGGAUGAUUGAAAUGGGAAAAGAAAAAGAUUUUGGAUUGUUAAGCAGAGAUGAAUCUUAUUUGUGUUGUACCAGAGCACGGUCUUGUUGCGGUAUUAAAACGCUGUUAUAAAUCA